UUAAAAAAAGGCAUUUUUAUAGAUAAAUUAAAAAAAUUUGUUAAAAUUAAUAAUAAAAAAAAAUAAUUUUUGCUAUAUCAUAUUUUAUUUUUUUCUAUGUACAAGAAGAGAGGAAUCAGUAUUAAAUGGAUUCAGAAAUAUUCAGUCAGGAUAACAUUUUCUUAGAAGCCCGAACUUCUACUCUGCCUGCCUAACCCCACCAAAAUAUGUAUUAUUUGAACAAAUCUACCAAUCAUAAUAUCACUAACGAUAUUAGUUUUCGUAAAUGGGAACAACUUAGAUAUAUAGUAAUCCUGUCAUUCCUUGUGAUGUUAAAAUUCGCUAACUCAACGGAUUUAGCACAAUCAUCCUCUCCAGUCAUACUUCCACCACCAAUCAUGCCAUUUUUGGACCCCGUAACAGAAAACGAUGGGUUCUUAUCUGAUUCUUCUUUCAGUGGAGACAACAUAGAUGACGAGGAAGUUGAAAAUGUUUUGUUGGUGGACAAGAUUUAUGCUAAAUUAUCGCCAAAAUCCUUAUCUUCGCCAAAACCCUCGGCAAAAAACCAUCUUGACGGGAAAUAUCAAAAUGAUCAGAAUCACCAUAGAAUAAAUAAAGCUAAUGCUAAACAUUUAAAAUCCUCUCCCGAGGAAUCUAACAAUGAAUUUUUAGACUUGAGCGCAUUAGCAAGCGAUAAAGUGGAGUUACCGUGCCCGGCCCUCCAAGCCUAUUUGCGCGUUAAACAAAUGCUUCCUUACAAAUCUAGAUUUUUAUCAUCUUCGACGACUACUUUUUUACCACGAUCAAUAUCUGGGCCAGUUUUGAAUACCAAAAAUAAUGACAGCAAAACACCACGCUACAACGUCGUGGUAGACACCGAUAACAUAGUGACCAAAUGGUUCAAAUACGAACCUGGGCAAGAUGGACUAUCCGCGGACGAAAGAUUGAACAUGAGGCGUUUUGACAAACAGGAAGCCGAUUAUCUUCGCGGGAGAGUUGGAAACGGAAGAUCCACGGGAGAGUCCCCAAAAAAUAUUCAAGGCAGUCGCGAUAAGACUGUUAAAGGAAGUUUGAGCCCUAUAUACAUAGUUCUCAUACCUUAUCCGCCUCAUAUCCGAACUGAUUACAUGAACAGGGCUUCUUUCACACCCCAAACUUCGGCGUUGACCAUUUCUAAUCUCACUAUCCAAGAUAAAGGAAUAUACAUUUGCAAGAUAAUAUACCUGAAAAAACCAGCAGAAACGCGAGGGCAAACGAGUUUCGUUAGACUAUCCAUCCAAUCUAAGCCCAAAAUUAUGGUCAGUGAGUCUUCUCCUUCUCACAUUUACACUAGCUUGAAUCAACAGGACAUCGCUAUGAGCUGCAAUGCAACAGGGGUGCCAGCGCCUGAUGUUUACUGGGUUAGGACCGACAAAGGACCGGAUAUAGAUUUCAACCGACAUUCCUUACUCUCAGCUUCGAGGAUCAUAAAUUCUAAGGAUGUUUUGGAAAAAUCUGAGAUGGGGUUAUUGGAUAGUAUGAGUUACUCUAGUUCCACUUUGACUAUACCCGUAAUUACUAAGGCCCACGAAGGCGCCACUUACACCUGCGUAGCCAAGAAUAAACGUGGUAUAGAUUUUAUGGCUGUGAAACUUAUUAUAGCAGAACCACCGCAAAUAGUUUCCCCGCCUAAAAAUAUGACUACCUUAGAAGGUUUGAGCGCUAAAUUCGAAUGCAAAGUUAAAUCGUUCCCAAAUAACGUUUCCUACGAUUGGUACAAAGAUGGGAUCCUUAUGACUUCGUUGCAAGACUUUUCCUCGCGAUUCUCCAUUUCAGCUUACUCGGGUUCUUUAACUAUCAAUCCGACGAAAAAAACCGAUUCUGGUACCUAUACCUGCUCUCCCGAUAACAAAAACUCCCCCAGACCCUACGCCUCCGCCUAUCUAAACAUACAAUACCCAGCGACGAUAUCCCAAAACCGCCUGCAAAAUCCUCAAUACAUACCCCGCAACAUGUCCGGCAUCAUUAAGUGUCCCAUCGAUUCGAACCCUCCUUUGCAAUUUGUUAUAUGGUCCAAGGAUGGGAAGGUUUUAGAUUAUGCCUCUUAUGCCAACCCAAGACCAAAUCAAGAACGUGAUAGAUAUGAUAGUAACACUGGGAAUGAGAUCGAAUACCACAAAAAUGGGGAAGAAGGAAGGGAUGUUGCUAAGAAAUUUAAAAAUAAUUACAUUGGAAAUUACAAAAGCUUGUCCCAUUUCGAGAUAUUGGUGAAUGGUUCUUUAUGGUUAGAAAGUGUGGACCCUUCCGUUCACGAAGGUAUGUAUAGCUGUACUCCAUACAAUAAGAUCGGGACCUCUGGACCUUCCAAAGAGUUCAAGGUCUUGGUUAAAGAUCCUCCUCUAUUCGUUCACACACCAAAUUUCAUUUAUAACAUUAGAGCUGGCGAAUCUUUGACAUUACCUUGUUCAGCGAUUGGCAAUCCCAAUCCUUUAGUUUUGUGGAUGAGGGAAAGUGGUUCCGAUUUGCCUAUGGGCAGAACCUUCUUUUCAGCGGGAAAUCUAACCAUAACUUCAGUUCAGAAAGAAGAUCAUGGGCGUCUCUUAUGCAGAGCUUCUAAUAAGGUCGCCAGCAUAACCUUGUUUGCCGAUAUUAUGGUUUCAAAUACCUCUCCACAUUCACCUUUUAACCUUUCCGUGAGGCCAAGUAUCUACGGGGCUUAUGUAACCUGGACACCGGGGUACGAUGGGGGAAGCCCCGCCAGCUACAUUGUUUGGUAUUCGAAAAGCUAUACAUUAUCCGACAUACAGAAGUCUUUCUCGUUGGGUGUCGACAACUCAUUCAUUUCACCGGAAUCCUAUGAUUCAGUGAAAAUGGAUUCCACUUCCGGGCUCAUAAUAGACUUAGAUCCUGAUACCGAAUAUCUGUUUCAAGUUCAAGCUGUUAACGUAUUUGGAUAUAGCGCUAAAUCCGGGUCCAUCAUCGCUAAAACUAGAAAAAUUUCUCAAAGAUUUUCAAUGCCAUCCAUGCAAGGUUUGAUUCAAAGAGCCGCCUCGUUCAACGUUAACGAUGAUGAUAAAGUAAAGGCUCCCAAAAUUUAUAGGGCAUAUUUGAAGAAAGAUACUUUUGUUCUAGAGUGGCAAAAUGUCAAAAACAUUUCUUACCCGCUGUUUUAUAUAAUCGAAUACAGCUUCGGAGACGAUUACGACAAAGAUUGGCUAAAAUUGAAGCCAGCCGUGCACUCCAAUUUCAAGGAUAAUCAGCUGAUAGCUGUAACAAUCCCCAGGCACGAGAUUCUAGCAAAAAAUGGUGAUCAAAUACCAGAUCGUAUCAGAUUCAGACUGAGAGGUUAUACGUUGACAUCUAAGAGCGAGCCUAGUGAUAUUAUAGAAAUAAUGAAUUUAGCUGCCAAGCCUAAAUUGACGAAACCAUUGAUAGCUGGUAUCAUAAGCGGUGUAUCCUUCUUCUUAUUGGCUUCCACCUUGGUAAUCAUGAUAAUCAUGCUUUACAGAUCACGGGAAAGGAAGCGCAAAUCUGGUCAAAGUGGGAGAGGGCCGAUGUUAGAAAACAGUAGCAGUGCUGAAAGCUACCAGUCUAUGCAAUACGGUCGGCCCGUAGGUGUUCGUAAAGAUAUACAUUCGAACGGAAUAACUAACAAACCAAAGGGACACAAAUUGAAUGGAAAUGGUUCUAUCUACCACAGACCUGAAAUACUUUGCAAUGACGAUAUAAAGAAACGAGUUAUGCCGACACCUAAAUCCUCAAUCAAUGGCAAAUCACGCGGAACGAAUAGCACACCUCCUGUCUCAGUACCCACCGCUGAUGUACCCUCAACAAACUCCUCGGACAAGUGGUUGUGGCAAUCAUUCCUAUUUGGCUCCCAAGGAAACUAUGGUCUAAAAAGUGCAAAAAAUUGGCUGAGACCGAGGAAAAAGGUAAAUUUCUUAAGAAAUUUGCAAGAAGAAUCCGCACUGGCAUGUUCUAUAAAGUUUUUCGAUUCUCUGCUUCAUCGAUCUUCGAAAGAUGAGAAUAACAAAGAGAUCAUGCAACCCAAAAUCUUUGGCGAAGCCCUAUUUCCUCCAUCGCGACCUUUAAACGUGGUCAAUAACCCCAUGUGUUACGAUGAUACCUGUCGCGAGGCAGGAUUUACUAAUAACGAAUAUAAUAAAUAUGAUGAUAAUGAUUACUGUGGUCAUGUUAACAAAUAUAAUAUAUACGAUGAUAAUGGUCAUGGUGACCAAAUGACCAGAGAUAAUGUGUAUAUACAGAUGAGUAAAAAUCCCGCGUUGUCGAAGAUUAAUGAUCGAUCACGUACGCGUAAAUACGAAACUUUAAGAUGCGAUUCGGGUCAGGGUAAAAAGAGAUGCUUAUUCAAAUACAAUAAUUCCUUUAAUAGUUUGAAGAAUAGGCCAACAGCUGCGACGAAGAAAAUUUUUAAAUCAAUUCUCCUAUCAAACAAUAUUUAUAACGGCACUGUCCAUACGAAAGAAGAUGGUUUUUCCAUAUAUGAGCAACGUCGUCCGGUGACGAAAUGUGAAACGGGGAGAUUAGAUGAUAGCGGUGGUAAUGGGAGAGUAACGAGUAGUAAAAAGAUCGCGUUAACCGGAAACGGGUCCGCCAUUUUGAUCAAUAAAGAUAUCGAGGGAAGAAAAAAAGCUCCCAUCAGUUUACAUAAUGACAAAUCUCGUUUGGAAUUCAAAUCUCACUUUAACUAUAGAGAAGAUCUUAACCACCAUAAAGACAUAAAUUAUAGAACCCGUAAUGAAAAUGAAUUAAUUGAUGAUGGUCAGGACAUAUUAUCACCGGGUAUUCCUCCCCUCUAUAAUAAAUUGGAGGAAGAUUUUAGCUGCCACUUGGAACAGCUCGAUGACCUAAAUUUCCAAAAUAACAGCACACUAGAAACUUCGCUCUCCGACACCGCCGCACCAUCUAACAUUGAAAUUGCGGACACGAACCCAAAUUUUUGCGAAAAAAAUCAUAAAAAAGAAGAGUAUCACCACUACGUGUCUAACUUUUAUCACAAUCGUCAUUCUACACCGAAGGCACAGUACUACAAAAAUUUUACAGUUAAUUCCAGCCUCUACAAGUAUAUUUAUAAAGAUUUUGAGAAAGUCAAUAAAACCAACAAUCAAAACUGCCAGCCGCUUAACGUGAAUCCGCUUAGCGUGAAUGAUUCUCGCCCACAUCAUUGUGAUCCGGUUAACAGAAUCGAUUUACCUCCUCGAGAUAGCAUUUGUGACAAAAUAGUUCUUUUGCGACACUUAUCAUACGAAAACCUAUCCGCAGUAAAGCAAGGCAAUAACAUUGAUAAUAAUCAUAGCAACCAUAAAAAUACCAAUGCGAAUAGUGCUUGGUCUCGUAAAUAUUUCGGUGAUGACCAUUGGUUCCCCGCACCUCAAGCACACUUAGCGAAUAUGAACCAAAUAGCUAUUGCCGAAAAAUAUCACCGGCAAGAAUCUCAAGUGCCAACGAACCCUUCCGCCAUAGAUGCCGACUCUCAAAAAAGUUACAACCUCAUCAUGCAAGCCCUUCCGAACCUGUUGAAUUUUGAAAAUUGUCAUAGAUAUUCCAAUGGAAUCUUUAUAGAGAUAAAGAAUAACAACGUUACGACACUCCCCGGUGACUUAAUUACUGAUAAUAAUAUGAUUUUAUCGUCUCCCAAAAAUAAUAUGGCUUCUCAUUACGAAGAAAUCCAGCCCGUUAUACCCCUACGCAACAUGGAAGAUGAAGCCAAUCAUUUGUUUACGAAAGCUUACAACCAGUGUUCAUUCCAACCCUACAACCAACAUGGCACGGAAUAUGAAAAAUCCUUCUUCAGAACCAGACUUUAUCCCCAAAUCGACCAUGACAAAAUAUCCUUCACUGAAUAUGACCGGUUCGGCCAGUACUCAUCUUCCUUAGUUUAGUGGAAAUGUUUCGGCGGUUGUUCCUUCUAUUAUUAUAAAUACAAUAUUUACGCGGCAAAAAAAAAUGGCAUUUUUUAAUACAGAGUAUAUAUAACUUCUAU